AUGGAGCAUCUAUCUCUCCCUUGUAUUGCCAACUUCAGUGGUGAAAUGUCUGUGCUGUGCAAGCGGAGCCUAUUUGACUUGUUCCUGCGCAUCGUGAGGACCACUCCACCUGCUGUCCUGCCAGUUUCCCUCAGGGCUCCAGGGCUGUGUACGUACUGGGACUACAAGCGUGCCAGUGUGGUGUACCAGCAGGCAUGGUCAGUGCUCCGCAGAGAGGCCUUCCCCCUGUGGCCCCGCUCUGACCGAGGCCUACAGCUCUUUAGCACUGACCCUGCACCCCAGCCUGACCCUGCACCCCAGUCUGACUCUGCACUCCGGCCUGUUAGUUAG